AUGGAGAAAUCCCUGGUCUUCCUCUUCCUGGUGAUUUACGCGCCGUUAUUCUCACGCGCCGGCGCCGAGGACUCUCAGGCCGAGAUUGACGCUCUCACGGCGUUUAAGCUCAACCUCCAUGACCCACUUGGUGCGUUAACUUCAUGGGAUCCUUCAACUCCGGCGGCUCCAUGUGACUGGCGCGGCGUCGGCUGUACUAACCACCGUGUCACCGAGAUCCGCCUCCCUCGUCUCCAGCUCUCCGGACGAAUCUCCGAUCGUAUCUCCGGACUCCGCAUGCUACGGAAGCUCAGUCUCCGUUCCAACUCCUUCAACGGUACGAUCCCUCCCUCACUCGCUUACUGCACGCGCCUCCUCUCCGUCUUCCUCCAGUACAACUCACUCUCCGGGAAACUUCCCCCGGGGAUGCGUAAUCUCACCGCGCUUGAGGUCUUCAAUGUCGCCGGAAACCGCCUCUCCGGCGAUAUCUCCGUCGGUUUACCGUCGAGCCUCAAGUUCCUUGACAUUUCGUCGAACACCUUCUCUGGUCAGAUUCCGACUGGACUCGCCAACUUGACUCAGCUCCAGCUCCUAAAUCUCUCGUACAAUCAGUUAACCGGCGAGAUUCCGGCGAGCCUCGGCAAUCUCCAGAGCCUCCAGUACCUCUGGCUCGAUUCCAACCUCUUGCAAGGGACAUUACCCUCCGCAAUCUCAAACUGCUCCUCCAUCGUCCACCUGAGCGCCUCGGAGAACUCAAUCGGCGGCGUGAUCCCCGCCGCGUUUGGCGCUCUCCCAAACCUCGAGGUCCUCUCGCUCUCCAGCAACAACCUCUCCGGUACUGUUCCGUUUUCUCUCUUCUGCAACACAUCGCUUAGGAAUGUUCAGUUGGGAUCCAACGCUUUCUCCGACGUCGUUCGACCCGCGACGGCCAACUGCCGUACCGGUUUACAGGUCCUGGAUCUCCGGGAAAAUCGAAUCUCCGGCCGUUUCCCGAUGUGGCUGACAAACAUUUCCUCACUAACGAACCUCGACGUUUCCGGAAACGUUUUUUCCGGCGAGAUUCCUCCGGAGAUUGGUAACUUGAAGAGUCUAAUAGAGCUGAAGCUAGCUAAUAACUCUCUUACGGGUCAGAUUCCAGUGGAGAUCAAGCAAUGUAGCUCCUUAGAGCUUCUCGAUUUCGAUGGAAACCGAUUAACCGGAGAGAUACCUGAGUUUCUAGGCUACAUGAAGGCUUUAAAGGUGUUAUCUUUAAGGAGGAACAGCUUCUCAGGCUACAUUCCUUCAUCUAUGGUGAAUCUGCAGCAGCUUGAUCGGCUAAACUUAGGUAGAAACAACUUGAACGGUAGCUUUCCGGUGGAGUUAAUGGCCUUGACGAAUCUCUCUGAGCUGGAUCUUAGCGGGAACAGGUUUUCCGGGGAAGUUCCGGCGAGUAUAAGCAACUUGAGUAACCUCAGUGUUCUGAAUCUGAGUGGGAAUGGAUUCUCCGGCGAGAUACCGGCUACCGUAGGCAAUCUGUUUAAGCUAACGUCUCUUGAUCUGAGCAAGCUAGAUAUGUCCGGUGAAGUUCCGGUUGAGCUCUCUGGUUUGCCUAACUUGCAAGUGAUUGCAUUGCAAGAGAACAACUUCUCUGGCGUUGUACCUGAAGGUUUCAGUAGCUUGGUGAGCUUAAGGUAUGUGAACCUAACCGCUAACUCGUUCUCCGGUCAGAUACCGCAGACUUUCGGUUUUCUCCGGUUAUUGGUUUCUCUGUCACUGUCAGAUAAUGUCAUCUCCGGCUCUAUUCCACCUGAGAUUGGAAACUGCUCUGCUCUUGAAGUUCUUGAGUUGAGAUCAAACAGGCUAAUGGGUCAUAUUCCGGCUGAUCUCUCUCGUCUUCCCCGGUUAAAAGUGCUUGACUUGGGACGUAACAACUUCUCCGGCGAAAUCCCGUCUCAGAGCUCGUCUCUCAACACAUUGUCACUUGACCACAACCGUCUCUCAGGAGUCAUACCGGAAUCUUUGUCAGUGUUAUCAAACUUGACAAGGCUUGAUCUCUCUGUUAACAACUUAACCGGAGAGAUUCCGGUUAGCCUCGCUCUUAUCUCCAGCAACUUGGUUUACUUCAACGUCUCAAGCAACAACCUUAGAGGAGAGAUUCCUUCUUCUUUAGCCUCAAGAAUCAGCAACGCAUCAGAGUUUUCAGGUAACGCAGAGUUAUGUGGCAAGCCAUUGAACAGAAAAUGCGAACGUAGCAGAGCGGAAGAGAAGAAGAAGAAACGGAAAAUGAUUCUGAUGAUAGUUAUGGCUGCAAUAGGUGCAUUCCUCUUAUCACUCUUCUGCUGCUUCUACAUUUACACACUCUUGAGAUGGAGGAAGAAGCUGAAACAACAGUCAACAACCGGAGAGAAGAAACGAAGUCCGGGAAGAACAAGCGCAGGAAGCAGAGUCCGUAGCAGCACGAGCAGGUCAAGCACAGAGAACGGAGAGCCGAAGCUAGUCAUGUUCAACAACAAGAUCACAUUAGCCGAAACAGUCGAAGCAACGAGGCAAUUCGACGAAGAAAACGUUCUUAGCAGAACAAGAUACGGAUUGCUAUUCAAAGCCAACUACAACGACGGAAUGGUUCUCUCUGUGCGACGCUUACCUAACGGCUCGCUCUUGAACGAGAACUUGUUCAAGAAAGAAGCAGAGUCUCUCGGGAGAGUCAAGCACCGGAACAUCACGGUGCUUAGAGGCUACUACGCUGGUCCACCGGAUUUAAGGCUUUUGGUGUAUGACUACAUGCCUAACGGAAACUUAUCUACUCUCCUCCAAGAAGCUUCUCACCAAGAUGGUCAUGUCCUAAACUGGCCAAUGCGUCACCUCAUAGCUCUUGGAAUCGCUCGCGGACUCGGUUUCCUCCAUCAAUCCAACAUGGUUCAUGGUGAUAUCAAGCCACAGAAUGUGCUCUUCGACGCCGAUUUCGAAGCGCAUUUAUCUGAUUUCGGGCUUGACCGUCUCACGGUUCGAUCUCCGUCGAGAACAGCGGUCUCAUCAGCUACUAUCGGGACGCUAGGAUACGUUUCUCCAGAAGCCGCAGCGUCUGGAGAGAUCACGAGAGAAUCGGACAUUUACAGCUUCGGCAUUGUGCUGCUAGAGAUCCUAACCGGGAAGAGACCGGUUAUGUUCACGCAAGACGAAGAUAUAGUGAAAUGGGUGAAGAAACAGCUUCAGAGAGGUCAAGUCACUGAGCUGCUAGAGCCGGGUCUACUCGAACUCGACCCGGAAUCUUCGGAAUGGGAAGAGUUCUUGUUAGGAAUCAAAGUCGGGCUUCUUUGCACGGCGACGGAUCCUCUUGACCGACCAACAAUGUCCGACAUUGUUUUCAUGCUUGAAGGCUGUCGUGUUGGACCUGACGUUCCUUCCUCAGCCGAUCAACCGUCACCGGCCUAA